UCUCUGUGUCUGUGACGUCACGGGAGGGGGCGGGGUGAGACAGUCUGGAGGCCGCUGGCUGUAAUGGCGACUCUGUGUGUCUGAUCCGAGUCUCGGUUCUCUGCAUCCGCGCGGUUCCUCACAGAGCAUCGGGUUUUGUCUUUAAUCAGCGACCUUCAGAGGGAAUUAAAGGGAAACAGUAACGCAGGUUGGAAUUAUUCGUUAAAUGAGCAGCGGCCGGAAUAACCGAGUCAUGAUGGAAGGAGUGGGCGCUCGAGUGAUCCGCGGCCCGGACUGGAAGUGGGGGAAGCAGGACGGCGGUGAGGGCCAUGUGGGCACCGUGAGGAGCUUCGAGAGCCCCGAGGAGGUGGUCGUGGUUUGGGAUAACGGCACCGCGGCGAACUACCGCUGCUCCGGGGCCUACGACGUGCGGAUACUGGACAGCGCACCUACAGGUAUCAAGCACGACGGCACUAUGUGUGACACCUGCAGGCAGCAGCCCAUCAUCGGCAUCCGCUGGAAAUGCGCCGAGUGCACGAACUACGACCUGUGCACCACCUGUUACCAUGGCGACAAGCACCACCUGAGACACAGGUUCUACCGCAUCACCACGCCAGGCAGCGAGAGGGUCCUUUUAGAAUCUCGGCGCAAAUCGAAGAAGAUCACGGCGCGAGGAAUCUUCACCGGAGGACGUGUGGUGCGGGGAGUGGACUGGCAGUGGGAGGACCAGGACGGGGGAAAUGGCAGGAGAGGAAAGGUGACGGAGAUCCAGGACUGGAGUGCAGCGAGUCCUCACAGCGCCGCCUACGUCCUCUGGGACAACGGGGCCAAGAACCUUUACCGAGUCGGCUUCGAGGGCAUGUCGGACCUGAAAUGUGUGCAAGACGCCAAAGGAGGAACUUUCUACAGAGACCACUGUCCAGUCUUGGGCGAGCAGAACGGGAACAGGAACCCCGGCGGCUUGCAGAUCGGAGACCUGGUGAACAUCGACUUGGACCUGGAGAUCGUCCAGUCUCUGCAGCACGGCCACGGCGGCUGGACGGACGGCAUGUUCGAGACGCUCACCACCACGGGCACGGUGUGCGGCAUCGACGAGGACCACGACAUCGUCGUCCAGUAUCCCAGCGGUAACAGGUGGACGUUUAACCCGGCCGUCCUGACCAAAGCGAAUGUGGCGCGCAGCGGCGAGGUCCCGGCCGGAGCCGAAGGAGGAAGCUCCCAGUUCAUGGUGGGGGAUCUGGUGCAGAUCUGUUACGACAUCGACCGCAUCAAGCUGCUGCAGAGGGGACACGGAGAGUGGGCCGAGGCCAUGCUGCCGACUCUGGGGAAGAUGGGCCGUGUGCAGCAGAUCUACUCUGACAGCGACCUGAAAGUGGAGGUGUGCGGUACUUCCUGGACCUACAACCCGGCCGCCGUCACUAAAGUAGCUCCUGCUGGUUCUGCCAUUACCAACGCAUCUGGAGAGCGUCUGUCUCAGCUGCUGAAGAAGCUGUUCGAGACUCAGGAGUCGGGAGACAUCAACGAGGAGCUGGUGAAGGCCGCGGCCAACGGAGACCUGGCCAAAGUGGAGGACAUCCUCAAGAGACCAGACGUGGACGUGAACGGGCAGUGCGCAGGACACACAGCCAUGCAGGCGGCGAGUCAGAACGGCCACGUGGACGUCCUCAAGCUGCUGCUGAAACACAACGUGGACCUGGAGGCUGAGGAUAAGGAUGGAGACCGGGCGGUGCAUCACGCGGCGUUUGGCGACGAGGGCUCCGUCAUCGAGGUCCUGCACCGAGGGGGAGCCGACCUCAACGCCAGGAACAAGCGCAGACAGACGCCGCUACACAUCGCAGUCAACAAGGGUCACCUGCAGGUCGUGAAGACGCUGCUCGACUUCGGCUGCCACCCCAGCCUUCAGGACUCGGAGGGAGACACGCCUCUCCACGACGCCAUCAGCAAGAAGAGGGACGACAUGCUGUCGGUCCUGCUAGAGGCCGGCGCCGACGUCACCAUCACCAACAACAACGGCUUCAACGCUCUCCAUCACGCAGCGCUGCGGGGGAACCCCAGUGCCAUGCGCGUGCUGUUAUCCAAGCUGCCACGACCCUGGAUAGUGGAUGAGAAGAAGGACGAUGGCUACACUGCCCUUCACCUGGCUGCGCUUAACAAUCACGUAGAGGUGGCAGAGCUUCUAGUCCACCAGGGAAGUGCCAGUCUGGACGUACAGAACGUGAACCAGCAGACUGCGUUGCACUUGGCCGUGGAGCGACAGCACACGCAGAUCGUCCGGCUGCUGGUGAGAGCCGAGGCCAAACUGGACGUGCAGGAUAAGGACGGGGACACGCCGCUGCACGAGGCCCUGCGUCAUCACACCCUGUCCCAGCUCCGGCAGCUCCAGGACAUGCAGGAUGUCAGCAAGGUGGAGCCCUGGGAGCCCUCCAAGAACACGCUGAUUAUGGGACUUGGGACUCAAGGAGCAGAGAAGAAGAGCGCCGCCUCCAUUGCCUGCUUCCUGGCAGCCAACGGCGCCGACCUGACCAUCCGCAACAAGAAGGGCCAGUCUCCGCUUGACCUGUGCCCUGACCCGAGCCUGUGCAAAGCCCUGGCCAAGUGCCACAAGGAAAAGACCAGCGGGCAGGUGGGCUCCCGCAGCCCGUCUCUGAACAGCAACAACGAGACCCUGGAGGAGUGUAUGGUGUGCUCGGACAUGAAGCGGGACACGCUGUUCGGGCCGUGCGGCCACAUCGCCACCUGCUCGCUGUGUUCUCCUCGCGUCAAGAAGUGUCUCAUCUGUAAAGACCAGGUCCAGUCCAGGACCAAGAUCGAAGAGUGUGUGGUUUGCUCAGACAAGAAAGCAGCCGUGCUGUUCCAGCCCUGCGGUCACAUGUGCGCGUGUGAGAACUGUGCCAGCUUGAUGAAGAAGUGUGUACAGUGUCGGGCGGUGGUGGAGCGGCGUACUCCUUUCGUCCUGUGCUGCGGAGGGAAAGGUAUGGAGGAUGCCACUGAUGAUGAGGACCUUACAGGGGGCUCUAACUCAGUGGCAGGGGGGUCACAGGAUCUUCUCCAGCCCAACAAUCUGGCGCUAAGUUGGUCCAGCGGAAAUAUCCCAGCCUUGCAGAGGGACAAGGACAACACUAAUGUCAACGCGGACGUGCAGAAGCUCCAGCAACAGCUCCAGGACAUCAAAGAGCAGACCAUGUGCCCAGUGUGUCUGGAUCGUCUGAAGAACAUGAUCUUCAUGUGCGGCCAUGGCACAUGCCAGCUGUGCGGCGACCGCAUGAGCGAGUGCCCCAUCUGCAGGAAGGCUAUCGAGAGGCGGAUCCUGCUGUACUAGAGCUCCAGGCCACCUGCUCUUGUGGCUCGUGCUCAUCAGUGUUACGUCAAUUCUCUCUUUCUUUUUUUUUUUUUUUUCUUUUGUAAUUGUCUUAAAGCAAACUUCCGGACUCACGUUUUGCUACGUCUUGGGUUAUUCUCUUUAGGUCAUUACAAGCUCGUCGCAUGGUGGACGAGGAAACCGUCGCGUCUCGUGCUCUACUUUCAUCGUCCGUAGUUUUCGGCUUCUCCGUAAACGUAAACUUGCUUGUUAGGGAGUAUGUAUCUUCUUAACAGAGUGCGUCGAUACUCUGUCUACCAGCUUUAUGAGCUCAGAACAGUACAACACUACAAGUCUUUACCUAUGCAGCACGUUCACCUUCAGCGUCUAACGGGAGUGCUGAGCAGAAGCUUGCGCGUUCAGAAUUGUGUGCUUUCUACCCUGUACUAUUAUUAUUCUUUUUUUUAAUUGUCAGCGCAAAUCUACAAGCUUAGAAAAGGGUGCACCGAUUCCUGCAGGAAAAGCGUCCGAAUGGCAAAUUCGGACGCUUUGGGUGGGCGUGGUUAUUCUUUCCUCCGUAAAUCACAGCAAUUCGUGUUUUGUCGAGAGCAAAAACGGCAGGUUUUGCGAAAAGCCGUCACGAAGAUCAGCACUUCCAGUCACAGGCGGCUAGGAAAUCGAAUACUCCAGCGCCUCUAGUGGACAAAAACGAUCACUACAUAUUCGAGCUGAUCUCGCUCUUAAUAUUCGGCAACAGACGCCAAGAAUCAAUUAGCUUAGUUAGUCUGAGAAUGUUGCGAAGAAGAUUGUUUUAAUCUCGAUAUCGUAUCGUAAAUGGAAGAAGUUGGAUCGGGAAGCUACUCUACCAGUCAGAAGUUUCGAGGCGCCUCUCUUUGUUUCCCGUGUCCGCAGCGGUUUUCUUAGAGUUCUCCAGAACGUAACCUUUUAUUAUAAAACGAGAGCACGUAAUCAUCUUAAACAGCUCGAUCUUAACGGCUUCGUCCGAGUUCUUUGGUUCGUCCGGUGAACCGAAUUCUUCAAUUCGAUCGGUUAAGCGCGACGUGACGAUCGUGACCCUGAUUGCUAUCGAACGUGAUCGCGAUUCUGAAGCUCGUGGCCAGAAAAGUGUACCUAAAGACACAAGACGCUCUGUUUCCCAAGGCUGUUGUGUUUGAAGCUGUGAUGAAGUUUCUAAACAAAAAUGUUAAAAAAAAAAAAAAAAAAAAAACACUUUUCACCAGCACUGUACUUAAUGAGCGUUUGCAUGAAAAUAAGGAAAUCUCCCACUUGUCCACGACACGUCCAUCGCUGUCGAAUCGGUGCGUCCUUACUUUAAGCGCAAGAUCAACAAACUUCCUCCGCUUUCUUUGAGCUUACGUGUAAAAACACGCUUAUGGUCAAUGUGAGCAAGUAACGCCGAGAAACACUACACACUGUCAUUAUCUCGUCAACACUGCCCAGAAUCUUUUAUCUGCCAUUUUCGAUGUUCUAUAAUCUAUAGUCGGGACAUUUCAAGUGAUCCUUUAUUUUCGCAUCCUUUCUUUUUUUUUCUUUUUUCUUUUUUCUUUUUUUUUUUUUAAAACCAUCGUUUUAAAAUUAAAACUAGAAUCUUAAGUAUAUAUAAGUAGCAUAGCCUCCAUCCACCUCGGUAUGUAACGAUGUACUGUACGUACCAGCUGUACUACAGUAUGUACACACACUUAGUAUUAUUGUUCCACGUUCUCAGAUAGAGGAGCUAAGGACACGAGGUCGAGUCUUAAGAGCACAGAUUGUGGGGUGGGGUCGGGGGCGGGGACAAAUCGAAUCCCGUGUCAUCUUAAAACGAUAAACUGACUGGAUUGAUGGAACUGUCCUGACGCACGAUUGGUAUGGCACGAAAGAAAGAAAGAAUGAAGCGCUAGCGACCUCCUGAAAAAGAAAAGUCUCGACAUAAUUUGAUAUGUUCUGGGGAUAAGGUGCUUUAACUUUUUUCUUUUUUUUUUUCUUCUUUAUAGAAUGAAAUCGAGUGUACAAUCUAUUAUAAUUCCAAGAAGAGAAGUGUAUACAACACAAUUUUUUUUUUUUUUUUUUUUUUUUUUUUAAAAUGGUUAGCAAGUAUGAAACGUAGGACAGUAGGCUCUUAACACUAGCUUUUCUUCUGAGCAGUUAUGCGAGAAAAAUUUGUAGCCUAAGAGAAAUAUUUACCCAAAGACAGAGUGCUCGUGCAGUUCAGCGCAUAUCUCGAAGCUCACGUCGCCGUUCUGAUGUAACCUUUAUCCUGUUUACGGACAGUGUUUUAACCACGCUGAGGUCUUUAAACGAGUGGAACUUGUAAUAUAAUUUAUUGGAGUCAUUUGCAUAUGACUCUAUAGCUUACCAGUGCAAAACUUUUUGUUUGUUUGUUUGUUUGUUUGUUUUCAUGGG